GUUCUUCCUCUCAGAUAACCUGGUUAGUCAAACCAGUAGACUCGUUUGAGAUGGCUCUGAACACGAACUCUUCUCCAGUUGUUACUGACAUGAGGAUUGUUAUAGUGGGGAAGACGGGAUCAGGGAAGAGUGCCACAGGUAACACCAUCCUGGGACGAAAAGUCUUUCACACGGAGGAGCUCUCUCCAUCAUCUGUGACAAUUUGCUGUGCCAAAGAGAAAAGCCACUUUGAUGAAAGAAGCGUCACUGUCAUUGACACUCCUGGGGCCUUUGACACAAAGAUGAUGGAGGCCCAGCUGAAAAGUGAAAUAGACAGAUGUAUCAGCCUGUCGCUCCCAGGACCCCAUGUGUUCCUGCUGGUGAUUAGCCUGAUGGCAAGGUUCACAAAGGAGGAGGAGAAUGCUGUGAAGUGGAUCAAGGACAGCUUUGGUGGAGAAGCUUCCAGGUAUAUUCUGGUACUUUUCACCGGGGGAGACAAGCUCAAGGAGAAGACAGUCGACACCUGUCUUGACCAGUGCCCCGAGCUCAAGGAGGUUGUCAGUGGCUGUGCAGGCUACUUUGUGUUUGACAACACCCGCAUAGAUAAUCGCACUCAGGUGUCUGAUCUCUUUGAAAAGAUAGAGGAGAUAGUGAAAUCAAAUGGAGGUCACUAUACCAGUGACAUAUAUGAAGAGGCCCAGAGAAAGAUGAAAGAAAAUGAGAAGUGGUCGAAGUGGGGAGAUAACAUGAACUCUCUCAGUAAUGGUCUAAUAACGGCAUCAGUAUUUACCAUGGCUGUUGCUAACCCUCCUCUUCGUGUCCUUGCCGUGGUGGCAGAGGAACUAGCAUUUACAGCCAGAGCAGGCUCUGCUGUCAUGGCCGCUGGCGCAGGGAUUUCUAAAGUCCUUGGGAAGUGGAUGAAACCUAAAAAAGACAACCAGGACAGUCAUGUUGCUGUGCCUCUGAGAGAGAAAAAACAGAGAACCCUUCCCCGGUCUGAUGGGUGUGGUCUGUCUGGCCAUGACGCUCUGGAUUUGUCUGGGGGGCUGAGGAUAGUCCUGGUGGGCAAGACUGGAUCAGGGAAGAGUGCAACAGGAAACACCAUCCUGGGGAGGGCAGCCUUCAAAGAGGACCCAAGCCCUGUUUCUGUGACAAAACACUGCGAGAGGCAGAGUGGAGAAGUGGACGGGACCAUGGUCCACGUCAUCGACACGCCAGGGCUGUUUGACACCAUUGUUACAGAGGAGGAAUUAAAGACAAAGAUAGAAGAGUGUGUCAAAAUGUCAGUCCCCGGCCCUCAUGCCUUUCUGUUGGUGAUCAGGCUUGGAGUGAGGUUCACUGAAGAGGAGAGAAACGCCGUCAAGUGGAUCCAGGAUAACUUUGGAGACGAUGCCUCCAUGUACACCAUCAUGCUGUUUACGUGUAAAGAUCAGGCAAAAGCCGACAAUGCUCUGAAGGAGUGCAAGGAGCUGCGGAGACUCUCAAUCACAUUUGGACGCAGAUACCACGCCUUCAACAACAACGACGCAGAUGACCGGGUUCAGGUCAAAGAUCUGAUCACAAUGAUCAAGGAAAUGGUACAUGAUAACGGGGGAAAGCACUACACAAACGAGAUGUAUGAAAAAGCUCAGAGAAAGCUCAGAGAGGAGGAGGAGCGGAAGACACAGGAGGAGGAGAAGAAGAAAGAGGAGGAGAGGAAAAUGUGGGAUGCAGAGAGAGAAAAGAAAGAGAAAGAGAGAGCAAAGGAGAAAAAUGUUAGAAAAAAGAAUAUACGUGCGGCAUCAGCUGCUGCUAUUGUGCUGGUGUUGGUUGGCAUGGUUAUAGCAGUAGGAGCAAACCAGACAGUGGCCCUGUGUCUAGGAGCUCCAGCACUCAUACUAGGAGUGCUUUGUGGCAUUGCUGCCCUGGGCAUAUGGAAAGGAGUAAAUUGCAGACGCAGAGCAAAUAAUCCAGUAUAACUUAGAGCAGACUGGCACUCAUAGUAUAGUAUAAUGGAUCCACAGUGACAUGCAUCAGUAUUGGCAUGUUUAUGGUUGUUAUUGGUCCUGUGCACCACUGAUUCUGGCCAUAUUCCACAUAACACACCUAGUACUGUCACUGAUGAAACUCAUGAAAGAAUUAUUUCUGCAUCCUGUUCCUAAAUUAUACAGUGUCAACAAUGCAAAACACAAGUACAAGACAUAAACUCAGUCGACUAUAUCCACUAAAAUCGGAGUUGCAGACGUACAAACAGUAUGAAAUAUAAAACUUUAUUUCAGUUGUCUACUGUUUUAUGGUUUCAAUUUUUCACAACUUUGCCAUACACUGCUUUAAACAUGAGGCGCAGAUCUUGA